CACUUGUUAGGGCACCUGAGUUUUAGCACAAUCUUCAUGUAACUUCCCUUGUUUUAUCUGUAAUUUUAAGUAAUCAUGUAAAACCCAUUAGCAACUAAUAUUUUAUGAAAAACAUGAGUUGGAAACUAACUAAUUACUUUCACGAUAAGGCUACAUUCACCCUUGUGGUUAGUAUUGUAUCUCGGUUGACGUUGAAUUUUGGAACAGUGAAAACGAUUCUUAAGGAAUUGGAGGUGGUUGGUUGUGUAAUAAAGCCACAAACUUUGUUGUUUUUGUUGAGAAUUUAUUGGUUUGGUGGAAUGCAUGAUAGAGUUUUCGAGGCCUUUGAGGAAAUACUCAUGUAUGGUUAUACUCCAAAUACUUUUUCUCGGAACAUUAUAAUGGAUGUUUUGUUUAAGAUUGAGCGCGUCGAAGUAGCACUUAGAGUUUUGAAAGAAAAUCAGGAUCCGAAUUUUAUGUCGUAUAGUAUUGCUGUGUGUAAGCUUAAUGACUUGGUUAAUCUUCAGGAUGUACUUACGAUUAUGUUGAGGAAAAGUUAUUAUCCUAAUGAGGAGACAUUUUUUGUGA